AUGAAUUUAAAUAAUUUACCUGAUGAAGUUCUUUUUUAUUCAAACGAUAAAUUUGAUCAAUUUAUUGAAAGCUGCUUAGGUCUUGAUGAAAUGAAUUUAUUGAAAAUACAAUCAAUAAAAAAUAAUAGAACAUUAAUAAAAGUACCAGAUAUUUUUUCUGUUCUUAGUAUUAAAUGUAAAGAACUUGCUGAUCUCAAAGAUCGUUUAUGCUUCAUCGAUGAGGAUAAUAAUAAUAUAAUUAUUAAAACAGGUGUUAAAAUGGGUUUUGAUGACUUGAUAGCAGUCCUUAAAGAGAAGAACUGCAAGUAUAUAAAAAAAACGAAAAAGUCAAAAUUUUCAUCAUCUUCUUCUACCACAAACUCUUCUAUUUCGAAUACAUCUUCGUUAAAUACAACCGAUUCAAAUAUUACCGAUUCGUCUCUAAUAUCAACACCUACAACAGCAACUAAUGUGAUGUCAAUAAAUGAUCAUAUACAAGUAAUUGUUAAUAGUAUUGAAAAAUACUCAAUCAAUACUUUUCGAAACAUUAUUUUAAAACAUGAUGAUGAUUACAUGAUACAUUUAAAUCAAUCAGAUACACGUAUUGAUGUACAUAUCAAAUGUGGUUGUAAAUCAACAAUGAAACUUGCAUUUCGUUUUCAUACCCAAUCAUUUCAACUUUCACAGUAUUUCAAACAUUUGAAGCAUAGUCGUUGUUCUAUGAUGAAAAAAAGAAGACAAGAAUUGACGAAAAAUAAUAAUUUAUCAUACGAUAUUAAUCAUAAUAAUACUUUAUCUAGUAUUGAAGAUGAAAUUAAUUUUUAUGAAGAAAAUAUGAAUACUUUAAAUGAAAACUCACAAAUUACGACCAAUAAAUAUUUUUUUCUUUAUCUUGCUGUUAUGACUAGUUGGGAACAAGAUUUAUUACCAUUCCUUGAUGAACUUCCAUCCUAUAGUGAACGAGCUUGCUUUAUUGCUGAUGAUUCAAGUUAUAUUGUACGACCAGGGAUUCGAUCUAAUAUUGAACAAUUUAUUGAAUUAUUAAAAAAUCAUUAUAAUGCUGCAGCAGCACCUAAUCAAAUCAAAGGAGUAAAUAAUUGUAUGUGUGGUUUAGUAGAUAUUAAUAAUGGAAAUACAGAAUAUCAAUUAAAAUCAUUUGUCCAUGUUUUUGUUAAUAAUCUCAUGAAAAACAUUAAUCGAUCCAGUAACAAUUAUCAAUUUGAUCCUACUGUGAACAAAUUUGCAUCAGCUUUUAGUAUAUUAGCUGGUCAUCAAGCUUAUGAAUUUGUCAGAAUAAACUUACCAGGUUCUUUACCAUCUAUUACUACAUUAAAAAAUUAUAAUCAGAAUAUCAACUUACAUUUAAAUGAAGGGGAAUUCAGAUUUGAUUCUUUAAAAAAAUAUUUAGAUUUGGUUGAUUCAAAUCAUGUUUUUGUGUGUGAGGAUUCAACUAGUGUUGUUGGUUCAGUUUCUUAUGACAGUAAAACUAAUUCAUUUGUUGGUUUUUCACCAAAAUUAGUAAACGGAUUACCUUUGGUAAAUCAAUUUCAAACACAUGAUUUUAAUGAAUUACAACAAUGGUUUCAGGAUAUUGGAAAAUCUAAAUUAAUAAAUGCAAAUUUAGUUGAACCAUUAUUAAAUAAAAGUUCUUCUUCAACUCACUCGAGAUCGUAUAUCAUUUCCGCCUAUGGAACAGACAAUAAAUAUUCCGGUUUGAAUUUAUUUCUUAUUAUUACAUUUAUUAAAGCAGAUACUGAUAUCUUCGUACGUUUAUACUACGGUUGGGUUCUUACAUUUUCAUAUCGGAUGUGGUGUAAUCAACUAGAAAAAACUUAUUCUCGACAAGAAAAGGAUAAUCGUUUUAUUACUAGGGCUGCAUGGUUAUCUAUAGAAAUUAAUAUACAUUGUUUAACAUCAAUAAUUAUUUUAGUAUUACAAGGACUUUUGCCAUCUUCUACUCUUAAUACGCAUCUCUUUAGCAGUCAACCAUGCGAGACUACAUUCCGUAGUGCUCGUGCUCUUUCUGAAGGAAAUAAUGUCGAAUGUCCAUUAAAAUUUCCAAUUCACCACAAGAAUCAACGUGAAGAGAGAACAGCAUCUACAAUUAAUUUAAGUUCAUCAUCAACAACAAUAAAUGAUAUAGAAAAAAUUAUCAUUAAAGCUUAUCAUGAAGCAGAAAAAAUCAUGAACACUUUAGAGUUAUUACAAAUACUAAAAGAAAAUGAUCUUGAUGAUAUUAAAAAAUUAAAUUCGUUUGUUUUUCAACAGCUUCAUUUAAAAUCCUCAAUUGACUAUUGUUACUUCAACGAAGUUGAUCUUCAGGAUAGUGCAGAUGAUAGCAAUAAUAAUAUUCAAAACGAUACAGAAAAUUUUGAAACAAACGUCGAAGUUGAAGGUUUAGAUUCAGAUGACGAUAAUCCGGAUAGUUAUCAUUUUACAACGUCAAAAGAAACCUUCCAAGGAAUGAAAAUAUUCGAUGAAAUUGAUCCAACGAAAAAGAACAAUUAUUUUCAUAUUAUGAUUAAUAAUAAACCAAAAUAUUUACAUAAACAAACGGCAGCACGUCUGUUGACUACUAGUAAAAACUGUUUAUCGUCGGACAGAUUAUCACGAGUACAACAGACAAGGAAACAGAAAUAA